AUGGGAACUCUCUGGCAUAAUGUGGUUGCAGUUCUGGUAGCUGCACUGCUUCAGAGUGUGGCAGUCACUGGAAACUUCCAACUGGAGGUGCAGGUUGUACGUGUCCGUAACUCUGAUAAUGACUGUGGAAGGUGGCCUGAGGUGUGUCACCUGUACAUCGAUGAGAUGUGUCUGGACCCCCAGAUCGAGGAGACAGGCUCCGAGGAGGAGGAUCAAGAAUGCUCUUUGAUAGAGUAUGAAAAUGAUCUGGAUCUAGAAAGUGGGCUUCCUAAGACUAGAACACUAUCUGUGACAAACCAGCCUUGGCCUGUUGACUUUCGCCUGCAUGUAGAAGUUGUAGACUAUGAUUUUUACAACGAUGAUGACCACAUUGAGGACGUGGUGGUUCUGGAGUCCCUUGACACCAGUUCAGAGUUCAGUGAACAGAUGGACUACAGAAACACUCCUGGUGGGAGGAUCACUCUGCGUAUGAAGUUCAGAGUCCGGUGUAGUGGAGGGUACGAGGGUCCCCACUGUGACUGCCUCCCUCACAAUGAUGACGUCAGUGGUCACUACAGCUGUCGGGAAGACGGAGGGAUCUCCUGUCUCCCUGGAUACACCAACACCUCCAACCUCUGCAGACAACAAGACUACUGCGUAGGUGUGGUGUGUCUCUCCAAUGAAACAUGUGUCAGCAACCCCACCUCUUACACCUGUGAGCCACCACCAACUUCCCCCACCACCAUCACCAUCUCCAGAGAUAACUGCAACUGUGCAACUGGCAUGAAAUGCAUUGAGGAAGAUGGUGGCUACAGGUGUGUUUGUCCGGAAGGAGAGAACUGCUCAACCCCGGGACCCUCUGCUCCUCGUCAACAGAGUGGAGAGACUUCGUCCAGCAUGCCUCCUGCUGUCAUUGGUGCAAUAGUAGCUGGUCUCCUGGUGGCACUACUGCUUUGUGCAGUGGUGGUGAUAGCUGUCGUUGUCUGUAUACUAAUGAGAAAGAGAAGGUGGUCGAAAUUGGCCCCCAAGACCAAUGGCAGAGGAAGGCGUGGCCCCACUACAAUCCAUCCCUCGCUGGCUGGCAGCCAACGUGGUGUGGUGAGCAACCCCACGUACGAAGAUCCCGGGGGGUUGGUGAGAGCGGAAGUGGAGGAGAAUGGAUCACACGAUGAAGACACUCUCCGGGACCUGCCGAAUCCCUUCUACGACUACGGCCGCAUUAAUAACUCAAACAUUGAAAACCCUCUGUAUAGAGAUCACGCGAACCAACCUCAACAGGGAGACAAUAUCUACAGUGUUCCCCGUGACUCCGCAACUAGUACCUCUACUUCCAGCCAGGAGGGAGGAGAAGGAGAUGGUGGAGGGGGGUACAGUGUCCCUAGGUCGCCUGCUGUGGAGGCAGUGUACUCGUAUGCCACAGUGGGUGCUGCUGGUGAAGGUGGUGGUAGUGACACUCGUACUGAUGCCGUGUCCAUUGAUGGAAACAGAUAUGAGACACCGACAGCUCCAUCACAGAAUGUGGAGGCUCCGUACAACACUCUGGACCACGGACUCCAGCAACAGAGACCAACCGAGCUCUCUGAGGCCUACGACACUCUCAACCACGACCAACACUAGAACUUCAGGACUAUUUCCACCAUAAUUCAUAUGUGCACACAUACCAGGGAACACUCUCCAUCCUUCAUCCCCACUAGCUAUGUUUGUGAACUCAAUUCUUAUGUCUGUGCAUCAAUUUUGAACAAUCAUGCUCAACCUUGUCUACUUCAUCCACGGGGGUUCAUUGUCAUUCCCAGCCUGUUAUAUAAUAUUCGUGGCG